AUGCUCGUCGCCGCCGGGUUCGCCCUGCUCAAACUCCUCCGGUCCUUCUUUGCCAAAACGAUUGAGUUCGAGAGGGGCCGAAGCCUGUUCCACCGCACCAUCCAGGCCAUCCGCACGACGAGCGUGGCGCAAAACGACUUGCAGUCCCGCCUCGCCGAACUCAUGGUCCAGAUGUGGAACGGUGCCAGGCUCGACUCGGUCCCGGAAGGCGGAUACAACCCCGACGACUCGUCGUUUCAGAUUGACGACUCCCUCCAGCUCAAGGUGCGCUGUCGCCACAGCAUGAGCCUUGUCUUUGACUCCAUCUGGCGGUGGAGGGAAGAGUAUCAAGCCCUCGGACGCGGCUCUUUAGAUGCUCUCAAACAACCGACGAACCCAGACUCUGCGAAUGAAUCCUCGGCGUCCUCCACGCACUUGGACAACUCCAUCGUCAACGCCGCCAAUACCAACACGAAUCCGGCCAACGCGACGCUGAUGCCGAGCCACGCCCUCCACGGCGGUAGCGGCAUGCUCACGGCGAAUGGCGGCUUGACGCCCGGCGCAUCAGGUCUCAGCGUCCCUGUUUCGGCGGCCACCACCAUGCUAGGCGGGCUCGGCUACGCCGGGGCCGGGGCCGAAGCCGGCUACGAUUUUUCGAUCCCCAGCACUGGAUGUUAG